CGGCACGAGUCAAGCGUGGGCCUCAUCCCGCUCGACGGCCGCCGGUGAAGUGGAGAUCCGUCCAUCUGAGCUCCUGCAGUCGCCGCGCCCCGAACUCCACACCGCGAGCUGAACCCCCACCAUGCCACACGUGAACGCCAAGGUGUCGGCGGUGGCUGCGACGGGGAUGGCGGCCGUGCCCGCGGCCGCGGCGCCGCCGCCGCCGCCGCCGAGGAGGUGGGAGGGGGUCGACCCGGCGCUGGAGCGGAUGGUGCUGCGCGCGUGCCUGGACCAGGCCCCCGAGCGCCGCCGCGUGCGCGAGGCCUUCAAGGACGUGCAGCUCAGCAUCGACCACUGCCUCUUCAAGGCACAAUACAGUGACAUUGGAACAAAAGAGUCAUAUGAGCGGAACUCCAGAGGUGUGGAGAUAUUCUCAAAAUGUUGGUUUCCGGAAAACCAUCGUAUGAAAGCAAUUGUUUGUCUAUGCCAUGGUUAUGGAGACACUUGUACAUUUUUCCUUGAUGGGAUUGCUAGGAAGAUUGCUUCAGCCGGAUAUGGAGUAUUUGCAUUGGACUACCCUGGUUUUGGUCUUUCCGAAGGACUUCAUGGAUACAUUCCAAGUUUUGAUACGCUUGUUGACGAUGUAGCCGAACAUUUUGCUAAGAUCAAAGGUAAUCCUGAAUACAGAGAACUUCCAAGCUUUCUGUUUGGCCAAUCUAUGGGUGGAGCAGUUGCAUUGAAGAUUCACUUUAAGCAACCAAAAGAAUGGAAUGGUGCAAUUCUAGUUGCACCUAUGUGCAAGAUUUCAGAUGACGUGGUCCCAGCUUGGCCUGUUCAGCAAGUUCUGAUUUUCUUGGCUAAACUCCUUCCAAAAGAGAAGCUUGUUCCAAAUAAGGACUUAGCAGAAUUGGCAUUCAAAGAGAAAGAAAAACAAGAGCAGUGCUCUUACAAUGUGAUUGCCUACAAGGAUAAACCACGUCUUCGAACAGCUUUGGAGAUGUUGAGGACCACACAAGAGAUAGAAAGUCGCCUAGACGAAGUUUCCCUGCCCAUAAUCAUUCUGCAUGGCGAUGCUGAUUUGGUCACCGAUCCAGGCGUGAGCAAAGACCUCUAUGAAAAAGCGAAGACAUCGGACAAGAUGCUGUGCCUUUACAAAGACGCAUACCAUGCCAUCUUGGAAGGUGAACCGGACGAGGGGAUCUUCAAAGUUCUCGACGACAUAAUCUCUUGGCUGGAUCAGCAUUCCGCAAAGGAAAUACCGUCGUCGUGAGCUGCACAGAUACCUUUUUUGUCAUUUGUCGAGCCAGUUCAUGGCUGGGAAUUCCAUUUUGGGAUUUACGCUUGAUACAUAUACUUAUGUCCUGCUGAUUGUGAAUAUGUAUAGCAUUCAUCAUCUUUGGUGUGAUGCGCAAAAGGCCGUGCUUGGUUCGUCA